AUGUCUUAUUCGUUUCUGACUCCGAAUCGCCAAGAUGACCUUUCGCUACAGGAGCCCGAGCAGCGGUCUGUCGCAGACAGCGACGGCAGCUUCCUCAUUCCCUUUUGUUCGGACCCUGAACUAAAGCUGGUGAGUACAAUCUUUACAUAUUCCUCCCAGCUUACAAGCUCACAAUCGAUCAAGGUCACUUGGUCUGGCUCUGAGGAUCCCACCAACCCAUUGAAUUGGAGCCACGCGCGGAAAUGGUCCGCAACUCUCUUGGUCUCCUGCUUUACCUUUAUAUCCCCAGUCUCCUCUACAAUGGUCGCCCCAGCGCUGGGCGAGAUUGCCCAUGACUUCAACAUCACAUCCGACAUCGAACGAUACCUGGUCAUGUCAAUAUUCCUCCUCGCGUAUGCACUGGGGCCCUUCAUACUUGCACCGCUGUCCGAGAUGUACGGAAGAGUGGUGGUACUGCAGUCCGCCAACAUGGUAUACUUGAUCUUCAAUACCGUGUGUGGCUUCGCAACCUCGCGCGAGCAGAUACUAGCAUUUCGCUUCCUUAGCGGCCUCGGAGGGAGUGCACCCCAAGCGAUUGGUGGGGGCGUCCUAAGUGACUGUUGGAGAAAGAAUGAGCGAGGAGCGGCGACUGCGGUGUACAGCGUGAUGCCAUUUCAUUGGCCCGGCCAUUGGGCCGAUAGGUACGAUACCACUUUACACUGCAAGAGACCCCGACUAAUCGUACAUGCAGCCGGUGGUUACCUGACGCAAUAUAUGUCCUGGCGAUGGAUCUUCUGGAUUGUCUCCAUGGCCGAUGCCGUGGUCCAGAUUCUAGCCUUCCUUUUCCUGCGCGAGACCUACGCGCCCAAGAUCCUGGCAACCAAGAAAAAGAUGCUGCAACGCGACACACACAAUCAGUUGCUGUACACCGAGUACGAUGAGCCAGACCGCACAUUUCUCCAGCUCCUUCGCAAGAAUCUCGUCCGGCCCUUCCGCAUGCUCUUUACCCAACCUGCGAUUCAAGCCAUUGCUCUCUACCGCGGAUAUCAAUACGGCUUGAUGUAUCUUGUUCUGGCAUCAUUUCCAACGGUAUGGGAGGGAAAGUAUGGCCAGAGCAAAGGACGCGCCAGCUUGAACUACAUCUCACUAGGCAUUGGUUUUGUAAUUGGGCUGCAGUUCUGCGGUCGGCUCAUCGACAUUGUAUAUGAGCGGCUCGCCAAACACUAUGGCGACAAUGGCCGGCCAGAAUACCGCCUUCCCCUGAUGAUUCCCGGGGGGCUUAUUGUCCCCACGGGCCUGUUCAUCUACGGCUGGACAGCGGAGUACAAGACCCACUGGAUAGCGCCCAACAUCGGCGCCGCGGUGUUUGCCAUCGGCCUUAUCAUCUGCUUCCAGUGUUGCCAGACCUACGUGAUCGAUGCGUAUACACGGUAUGCGGCGAGUGCCACCGGAGUGACUGCCUUUGUGCGGACGAUGGCUGGGUUCAGCUUCCCUCUUUUCGCGGACAGCUUAUACCGGUCCCUGGGACUGGGCUGGGGGAACAGCCUUCUGGGUUUCAUCAGCCUGGGCAUGGGCAUCGUGGCUCCAGCACUUCUCUGGUUCUACGGGGAGUGGAUGCGGGCCAAGAGCCCUUACUGCGCAGGCGAUGAGACGAGCCGUGUCUGA